AUGCCUGCGAUGCUCCUAGCUUUUGCCUCAGGACUUCCUCUAAACCAGAAAUUCUUGUCGACGUUCUUCUCGCCUCGAAACGGCAAGUGUCAACUUUUUGUCCAAAUGCCAAGGACUUUCGCAAAUCGCAACGCAGAGGCCAACAAUUCGCGGGUGGGGCAAAGCUAUACCAGGAGUUCGUCCGGGCGCAGAGGCAAUCGUGGUGGUCGUGGACGUUAUGGCGGAAACCGUAGGAAUGCGGCUCCGAGAGCACAAGUUGACCCAUUUGCUGGAGAUCCGGUGAUUCCGUCUCCCGCUCCGGCGACACUACCCUCGGACUCAUGUGCAAUGGUGUGGCUUCGAAACGACUUGCGCGUGCGAGAUCAUGCCGCUCUGGCACUCGCCGACACGGCGUCUGUUCUUGUUCCCUUCUAUGUAUUUGACACUUCUCAAUACGGCCCGGAUCACCUUUCGCCGCAUGGCUUCCAGCGUACAGGUCCUUUCCGAGCUGACUUCCAGAAGCAAGCAGUGAAAGAAAUGCAGCAAGCACUCCGCGUACGAGGUAGCGAUUUGGUCGUGAAAAUCGGUGAUCCCGUUGACGAAAUCAUGCCAGUCGCAAGACAGCUUAUCGAAGAGGGAUUUAAACCCCUGAGGAUGGUGGCACACAAGGAGGUCACUUGGGAGGAGAAUAAAACAGAGGAACGCAUGGAAAAAGCAUUCAGGGAACUUGGCGAGGAAAUGCACGCUGAUGUCGAUAUCCACUUUGUUUGGGGCGCGACGUUACAUCAUUUAGAUGACUUGCCCUUUAAUGCCGGUGGACCUGGAGUCCCAGAAACGUUCACUGCAUAUCGUAAGCUCAUAGAGGGCCGGAACGGAGCCACAGUUCGGGAAGAGAUAAAAAUGCCAGGACGUUUCAAGCCGUACCCUCUGCAUAUAGGCAUUCCGUCUGAUGAAAUGCCUCUUCUCGGCGACGAGCUCGAGGUUGCUGGUUUGGCCGAGCCGAACGACCAUCCUUACCCACAUCCUCUUGCUUGUGUCGAUUUUAUCGGUGGGCUCAAAGAGGCAGAAAAGAGACUUGAUGAGUUUGUUUGGAAAGCUGACGCAUUGCGCACGUACAAAGAAACAAGGAACGAAUCAGGAACAAAAAAUGGGUCCUCAAAAUUGUCUCCGUGGUUAGCCUUGGGGUGUAUUUCACCAAGAACUGUGUACUGGGAGUGUCAGAGCUAUGAAGAAAAGCGUGAGAAGAAUGAGUCCACAUACUGGAUGGUAUUUGAACUCAUGACACGAGACUACUUUCGUUGGAUCGCAGCAUCUGUGGGUACAAAACUGUUUGCUUUGAACGGCUACUCUGGUCGUGGGAAGAACGAGGCGAGUAUUUGGGGCAUCCCGUGGCAUCUCAUUAAGCCACUUCACAAGGAUCGCUUGCAAAAAUGGAUUGAUGGAAAGACCGGUGCGCCAAUUGUCGAUGGAAAUAUGAGAGAGUUGGCGGGCACUGGGUUCAUGAGCAAUCGCGGUCGUCAAAAUGUGGCUUCAUUCCUAAUUCAUGACCUCGGAUAUCCGGACUGGAGAGCAGGUGCUGAGUACCUUGAAAGCCAGCUGAUAGACCAUGAUGUUGCCUCUAAUUGGGCAAAUUGGGCAUAUCUCGCGGGUGUCGGGAGUGAUCCACGAGGUGGGAGAAAGUUCAAUGUCGUGAAGCAAAGCAUGCAGUACGAUCCUGAAGGGCGAUUUCUCAACAGAUGGGUACCAGAACUAGUGGAUAUCCCGGUCCCGAUGAAGCAUGAACCACAUACGUUGUCGAAAGCAGAACUUGAGGAUUUGAACGUAACACCUGGCAAAACAUACCCGAACCCUAUUGUUCCGCUGUCGAGAGCUCCCCAGAAGUGA